AUGGGCGCCGUCCUCAGCAUCGACGAGGCGUCGCAGUGCGCGCGGGUGCAGGCGGGCGCCUACGGGCCCGCCCUCGAGGAGGGCCUCAGGCACGCGGGCCUCACCCUGCGGCACUACCCGCAGUCCUUCGAGUUCUCCACGCUCGGGGGCUGGAUCGCCACGCGGGGCGGCGGGCACUUCGCCACCGGCCCCACGCACGUGGACGAGCUCGUGCAGAGCCUGCGCGUCGUGUGCCCCGCCGGCGCCACGGAGACGCGCCGGGUGCCCGCGUCGGGCGCGGGGCCCUGCGAGCACCGGCUGUACGUGGGCUCGGAGGGCGCGCUGGGCCUGAUCACGGAGGCGUGGGUGAAGCUGCGCCCGCGGCCGCGGGCGCGAGCCUCGGCCACGCUCCUGUUCGCGGCCGACGACGCGGACGCCGCCUUCGCGCGGGGCGCGGCCGCCGUGCGGGAGAUGGCGCAGACCGGGCUCCAGCCAGCCAACCUCCGGCUGGUCUACGGGCCAGAGGUCUCGACGAUCGCGGGCAUUGGCGGCGCCAGGAGGGCCCAGCUGGCGAGCGCGGCGGUGCUGCUGGUCGGCCUGGAGGCCCCGGCCGACGGGCCCGCCGCCCUGCGGCUGCUGGACGCGCAGCUGUCCCUCCUGGUGGACGUCGCCGAGUCCGCUCCGCACGGCGGCACCGUCCUGGUCCGGCGGGCGGCCCGUGGGCUCGGCGGGGGCAAAGGCGGCGGGGAGCGGGACGGCAUCGCGGGCGCGUGGGGCAGCGCCUUCAUGCGGGGGGGCUACCACUUCUCGGCCAGCUGCCUCUUCGCUCUGCCUGCUCCCCGCUUGUCCUGA